UGUAAUCAGCCUAUAUAACUGUCAUUGUCACCAACUAUUUUUUUCUUGUGCCAGGCACGUGGUUAGAUAAAACUGUUUUUCAGAAACAGUUUCUUCUAAAACGACAAGUCCGCUGAAAAGAAGAGUACUCAAAGGCAGGAAGACCAUAAAAUUGUUAAUGACUUUUUUCGGAAAUCAUAUUUUUAUGAUAAUUGAUAAACACAAAGCUUUCAGAGUAUAUAAAGUACCAACAGUCGUACUGAAAAUAUUUCGCCUGCUCCAGACUGAUUUCAUUUUCAGGCUGCCCUCAUCUUCUCUAAGGUAUUGUUUGCAUUCCUAACUUUUUGUUGAUCACAAAAAGAAGCUAAAUCAUUCUAUCUGACACCAAUUAUCUUAGAACAGAUAUAGACAAUACUGUUCCUAUCAUGGACAGAGAGAUUGCCAAACCAACAUACAAAUGAAAAGGAUGAAAGACUCUCAAUAAACGACUGAUAGAAACGGUCUAAGAUUGCUUGAUUAACUGAAAACCUAUUGAGCUUACGAAGGAGGUACAAUAUUCAAAUAACCUAGUACUCCCAUGUGGAAUUUCCCAACUGUGCCAUCUUUAUCAUGGUGUUCUUCAUCCACAGAAUGUCAGCAACACUUGCUGCUCUUGUUCUUGUCAUCGCCUUCACUGUCAGUGGGACUGGUGCUUUUCAGUGUUCUUCGUUUGCCAACGGCUGUAGCACCCCCCUCAACAUGGAUGUGUGGUACAAGAAGGAGUUCACACCUGCCUGCAACAUACACGACGUGUGCUACCGCUGUGGAGCUCGGUGGGGCAUCAGCAGGGCCAGGUGUGACAGCGUCUUUCGCAGUGACAUGCUGAGUGUCUGCCCUCGUCAGAGAAACCCGUUAGCUUGCUCUGUCGUUGCUAACACCUAUCACGGGGUCGUGGUGUUAGCCGGGGCGCCCCGCUACCGUGCCAGGGGCAACACUCCCAGCGAGUGCAACCAAUCAGCAAUCAAAACAAUCUGUCUGAAAAAACAUUAGGCGGACAAAUGCUGGAAAACAAAAUAAACAAUAGAAAAAAACAACCUGUUUUUAUUAAUCAGAUUAUUUUACAUCAGCUACGCGUACACACAUAUAAGUAAACGUAUACUUAGAAAUACCUUCUUGCCUUAAGUACUGACCAUGCCAUAUUAUUUGUCAUAGACUACUUUUGUUUACUUCAGUACUGACUAUGUUAUGUCACAUACACAUACAAAUGACUUUUUGACAUCAAUACUGACAAUGUUACAGUUACAGCCUUAAGUAAAGAUGGCGAUUUCUUGAAAACAUUUUACACCCAUGAAGAACAAAAUAAAACAAAAUAUGAUCCACGAAGUCAUCUACUACUCCGUUUACCUCUUUACCUUCCUCGGCACAUUUCCUUUGUAUCAAGACAACCAUCAGCUAAGUCCUGUGUACUCACAAGUGAAAUCAGUUUUAAUUUAAUUGUGUUUACAUGACUACAUUGAGAACGGACCUAAGUUCUGCUGUGAUUAUAAAAUAAUACCUUGAUGUGAUUACUUGAUUCAUUGAUAUAAA